UAAAUUUCGCCAUCACGAUCAACAUUGCCAUCACGAUCAGCCUUCUUCGUUCACGAUCAGCCGUCUUCGUUCACGAUCAUGAGAGGUUUAACCAAUUUAGCCAUUCUUUCCUUGACACUUGUCUCCAGGGUUGCCUCUCGAAACCUUGCUUCCCAAUCCUUUGUGCAACUUUCUUCCAAUCCCACGUCUGGGCCCAUUCCUUAUUGCGAGAACGGCAAAUGGAUCAGUUGCGAGCAAGUCACCGUUGACCUGAUGGCAUUGAGAAGCAACCAACCCUUGAUUCUGCCCAAUGGAGAGAAGGUCAGCCCUUUUGAAUCCUCACCAGGAUCCGAGUCCGGAUCAACCACGGCGUUUUAUCAAUCUGAGGACCUGUUGAACUCCAUGACCAUCACUUUCUUCGCCUCGGGCUCCAAUGAAGUCAAUGCCGUCCUUCAUGAGGGCGACCAAGUAUUCAACUUGGCGCCUUGCGACCAAACUGGUGGUGAAUGUCACGUUUUAGCCGAGGAGGAUCCGGACUUGUUCAAUGUGGAGGCGACCUCGACCAACUCCACAAUGAGGGACUUGGAGUUGAUGACCAAGACCGCCAUAGAGCAACUCACUGAUGUGGAGGACCGACAAGAGCAAGGUCGAUUCCAACAAGAUGCUGAUGGGACGUACGUGGCCACCAUCAAGAUCUACUACACCAAUCAAUUUGCCCAAACUGUAUCUAACGUGAAUGCCUACAUCUCGAACAUGAUCAGUCAAGCCAAUGCUUGCUUCAGGAACUCACAAACCCAGAUCCGUUUGCGAUUGCUCUGUACCCAACAACUGAACAACAUCACUGAAUACCGAGAUCCGGGUCAAAUUUUGACCCAAUUUGUUAACAUUAAAGGUAGCCCAGCCAAUCUGCGAGGAACGGCCGAUUUCGCCCAUCUCCUUGUGCGAGAGACUGUUCCAAGCAAUUGCGGAAUUGGCUACGUCGGGAGCACACAAGUUCCGUUUGGGGUGUCCAAGAAGGAUUGCGCCAUUGCCAGUUAUACCUUUAGCCACGAGAUUGGUCAUAACUUGGGAUGCAGCCAUGACCGUGCCAAUUCGCCCAAUGCUAAUCCCAAUGGUUAUGCAUUCGGUUACCUGUUUCCUGGCACUGGACACCGAACUACAAUGGCAUAUUGGAAUCCUAACCAUCAAUCUAGGUUGAACCUUUACUCCAACCCAAGUGUACUGUUCCAGAACGUCCCAAUUGGCAAUGCCCAGAACAAUUGCGCUCGCAAGAUCCGAGAAAACGCCCGGAUAUUUGCCAGUAUUGGCUCGGACACCGACUCAUGUGGAUCCACCACAACCACCUCCACCACCACCACUCCUUCAACAACGGAGACCGUCAUCUCAACCUGUUCGACUUCGUUCUCCCGAUUUUUGCCCACUGGAUCGAGAGUGGUGGUUCAGUAUCCACUUUCUGGAAACUAUGGCAAUAAUCAGCGAUGUUGGUGGACAUUUGUGACCUCAUCUGGCCGGCAGCUCAGACUGAGUAUCGAGAGAAUUGAUAUUGAAUUCCAAAGUCAAUGUGGUUACGAUAUGCUCGCUUUCUUUGGAACAACUUCCGGGAACCUGGGCUUCUGCGGCUCUGGACCUUUCAAUGAUUACACCUCUGCGGGCAAUUUCAUUCGUCUGAGAUUCACUUCGGAUGGCUCCGUGGUUAGAGGAGGCUUCAAAGUCACUGUUCGAGCCACACGAAGAAAGAAACAGAUCCUGGACCUAAUGUUCACCCCAUAUCAUGCAUACAUAACAUUUCGGCGAGACUUCGUCCCAAGGCAUUUCCCAUUGUUUCAUGUUCCAAGCAGCUCUUUCUGACGAAUAAAAAGCCUAAUCAAA